GGCCAUUGCAGGAGGCUGCGGCCCUGCCUGCCGCCGCCCCCCCGCCGCGGAGCUGCAGCUCGGUGGGUGCUGACUCCUUGCCGUGACCGCUCAGGGACCGGGGUGUGCGGGGGAUGAGAGGCGGCCGCCGACGGGGAGCCCAGCCUCGUCCUUAGCUGUGCAGCGUUGUUCCUGUGCGCCGGGCCGCGGCUGUGGUAUGUGGGGCUGCUCCGCCGCCCUGCCUCCGUCGCUGGGUAUCCAGGGCCUUCGCCAAGCGUCCAGUGUUCUGUCUGCGUACUAAUCGAGCUGAGCCCAGAGCAGGUGCUGAUGUUGUACUAGUCUUGUUCCUCUACUUCAAGCCAGUAUGUCGAAGAAAUCAGGGUCUCUCCUUUCCUUGUCUGACUGCCUCUGCCCAAUCUGCAUGGAGAUCUUUGUAGAGCCCGUGACGCUGCCAUGCAACCAUACCCUCUGUAACUCCUGUUUCCAGCUCACAGUUGAAAAAGCCAGUCUUUGUUGCCCUUUUUGCCGGCGUCGAGUCUCUUCCUGGGCCCGAUAUAAUGCCCGCAGAAAUACUCUUGUCAAUUGGGAGCUCUGGGAAAAGAUCCAGAAGCAUUACCCGAAGGAGUGUGAGCGUAGGAUUAAUGGACAGGAUUUGGAAGAGGAAAUCUGUGUCCCCCAUCCGCAGCACCAGCUGAGCAAGCCUGGGGAACUGAGGCAGGAAUAUGAAGCAGAGAUUAGCAAGGUGGAGGCAGAAAGGCGAGCACAUGAGCAAGAGGAGAACAAAGCAAGUGAGGAAUACAUUCAGCGCCUUCUGGCAGAGGAGGAGGAGGAACAGAGAUUGGCAGAAGAGAGGCGAAGGGAGAUGGAGAAACAGCUGAAGCAAGAUGAAGAGUUGGCCUGGCGGCUGAGUAGCAGUCUGAAUGAUGAUUCCAAAGGACAUGGGCUCAGCAGUCCUGCACAAGCAGGCAGUGUCUCACUUGAAACGUCCCCAGCUAAUUUGUGCAAAGCAAAGAGCAAACCAAGCAACUCUGAAGACAUUCAGAAGUACCUGUCUCCAAAGCUUCAUCAUACAUUGGGAUCAGCAUCAUUCUCUAGAACAAGAGAGAGAGGCAGGAGUGGCUCUGGCUCUGCGGAGACCAAUGGCAAUGAAGGCAGCAGUUCAGCAUGGCAAGAUGAGCAAGAGGAAAUGCCAACGUUGUCUCCACAGCUGACUGGUGUCAAUAAAGAUUCCAGUGCUAUGGAUUCAUUUUUGGAAUCGUGCAUGAACUAUUUCAGUACCUCGGCUUCGGGGGAAACUGCUGCUGUCAAGCAGGAAGAAACACCAGGAACAAAUUGUGUAGGAGAAGAAAUUCCAGAUGCGUUGCAUGGAAUCACAGAAAGGGAAGGCUCUGGAACAGUUCUUAGAUCUAAAGGAGAAAGUGAUGGAGGUGACUCAGACAGUGGCAGUUUAACACAUGUAGGAAGCAUAAACCUUAAAAAUGCUGCUGGAGCUCAUACCUGUAUUCAAUCAGCAGCAAAUUCUGUGGUGUCUGACAGCACAAGUGUGGUAUGUGACCUCAUGAAGGUGGCUAGACACUCAGAUGAAGAGAAGCCAGAGAGCCUGCAGAACACUAAGAAGACUCCAAAAAGAAAGUUGUUGGAGCCACCAGCUGAACAAGUGUUUGACUUUUGUGUGCUUGAUAAGAGAAGAAGAACUUUUCCAGAAAGUCUGGAGGAGCAAGGGAAGCAGAUAAAUGAUUUUAACUUGCAAAUGCAGAAAGCCUUUGAGCAGGAAAUCUAUGAAAGACGUAUGCAAGAGGAGCAGGACAGGCUUCUGGCUCUGCAGCUGCAAAAACAGAUUAACAAGGAGGAAAGGACACUUAAUCGACAAAAGGGCUCUCCAGAUCAGUAUCUGCUUCGCACCAAACCACCUCAGUUGAUGAAAGACUCUCCUGCUAGAAAGGGAAGUUCUAAGGUGGCAAAAGACUCAAAGGUAUCAAAAAAACAGGCUGAAACAAAUCACCGCAAAACUCGCAGAGGUUCUUGCAAUGAAAAUUGGCAGUCACCUGCCAGAGCCCGGAUGAAAUCACCCAGCAUCAAGGGAGGAAAGGUGUUGAAUUGUGUGGUUAAUACCAAUGAUGCAAAUGAUAUUUGUUCACUACCUAAGAAUAAACAAAAGACGAUCCUUCAGAUGUUUAAAAGCCCUGUAGCAGAGUAGAUCAGCAGAACCACAGGCACGUCGUGGAAUGAGAAUUAAAGCUGUGGUAAUGCUUUCUCCUGUGUUGGGCAAGGCUUCCUGCGAACAGUUGUAAAAUUGUUGGGGGGGGGGGGGGGAAUCACUUUAGGCCACAGAGAGUUCUGUAUUUUGAGGAGUUUUAAUAAUUUACGCCCCCAGUCUUUAAAAAAAUGUAAUUGUUCUUUUCUUGAUUGCAGCUUAUUUUCUAGCAGUUAUAUUUACAUAAUUCUGAAUGUGAAUACUGUUAGUGUUUAAAACCAAAAAUAACUGAUGGUCUGAUCUUAAAAUGAGAGUUUGGAGCCUUUUGUGGAAAGGACACAUGUUCCACAGAGGUUAAGCUAAAGCUAAAAAAUGAGUCUGUAUUUCCAGUUGUCUGCCAGCUGCAAGGUUGAAGCUUCAGUCAACACAACCACUGGUCUGUUUAAUUGAAGCAUGUUACUGGAAUUUAGGCCAUUUGUUGAAUGGCAUUGUACACACAACAGGUAACAAGAGUAUAACUGGACAGCCAGUCUUGCAGGUACAGUUUUCAUACACUUUCUUAGAGAAAGUUCUCAUUCCUCUUUCUUAGGGAAAGAGGAAAAAAACAGGUCACUCCCCCACUGCCAAAGCCAAGGAUUUUUCAUAAAUGCCAACAGUAUAAGUGGUUAUGGGCUUAUAUUUGCCUGUUUGUAGAGGUCACUUAUGCAAAUCUGGCACUUACUGUCAUUAGGAAAAGAUACUUUUGUUGUCUUACUGCUAGCGUUCUGCAGCUUUAUUCUUGUACAGUAGUAUUACCUAUAUUUAGUGCUAUUUAAUUUUUAUACUCAAACUGUUUUGAGUUUGAUUAAAAAUGCAUAAUAUUACAAAAAUGUAGUUCAGAAGACAGUUAUGAUGGAGAAAGUUAAACCAAAAGGGGGAGGAGCAGCUGAAGUUGUCAGAAAUGACAUAAGUGUAAUUAAAGAGUCACAUAACUACCAUGCCUGGCUGGAACUAACACAAUUCAAAUGAAUUACCGCUUAGAGUUGUGGGGAAGCUGAGGCAUGGAGGAGGUUGAGGCUGGUGAAGAGCUUGACCAGCUGCUACUCAGCAGAAGUAUUCUUGCUCGAUUGUUUUAUCUGUUGCUAUUAUAAAGACAUCGUUUGAACUUUCUUUGCUUGUAAUGAGAUACUUUUCCCCUUUCCAUGUUUAAAAGACAGCAAACUACAACUGCAUUGCUGAAGUGUUUGUGCUAGUCACCAAUGUUAGCAGAUGUUUUAAAUGUGUUCUUUUUUUGAACCUCGGUAGAGGUGAUGAUCUUUAACUUGGUUCUGGGAAAUUAGUAACAAAAUCCUUGACAGCAGUAUCUUCUGAUGUUUUAAGUUUUAAAAACCAACAAAUCCUGAAAUCUCAUUGAAAGCACAAACAGCACAUCAAGCAAAAUUAUGAAUUGUGCUGUUUCUUUGCCUGCAUGUCUCUAGUAAUGGGAGGGUUUCUCAUAAAGGAAUGAUGUGUUCUGAUACGGUUUUUGAGAAAGUUACAACUGGAGACCAGCUGCAAGUCAUUCAGUUUGCCUCUUCCUGCCUCAACUGUUGUGCUGGAAGCAGUAUAGAUCUGUUUCUGUUUAAUCUUUACCUUUGUUCGGGUUGUUUGCUGUCUUACCCAUGUAGUCAAAUACAAUCAUUAAUUAAAAUAUUCUUUAAGGCA